GAUUAUGGGUUUGUUUUUAUGUUUUAUUUAUUUAUUUAUUUUCGGUAGAUUUCAGACGCGCGGGUGAGUUCUUAUGCUAGUGUUUAUUGGGGAUGUGGUGUGCUGAGUGGUCCUUGGAUGAAUAUUUAUUAGUUAUUAGUUGAGGUGUCAUUGUCAGGUUAUAGUUACGUACUUACAGAGCUUAUAAAGUUAAAUAGGAAUCAUUGCUUCGUCAAAACCGCCCACAGCAAUUUACUUACUUACUUUAAAUUGAUAUUUGAACAUGGUCGGGGUUUUUUUUCUCCCACACGACCUGAAUGCAGCAUAGUAUCUUUCACUUGAACUCCCCUGCGUCCCUACACAUCCCACAAUGCUGUUCGACGUUAGCUUCAUUCCUUUUGCGUUUAGAUAUCAGCUGAGCUCGUGCUGCGCUGCAGUUGUGCGCGGGUGCCAGCGGAUCGGGAUCGGAGCAGCUCGGAGCUGCUCGGAGUCUCUCUGUCCGGGCUUGGACAUCAUCUUAACCCGAUAAUCGGCUGAAGAAGGGGCUUUUAAAAGAGACACACAAAAAAAGACCGCAAGAAUGUGACUCUUAAAUGUGCCCGAUUUUUUUUAUUUUUUUAAUCUCCGAAAACGACCCAGUUUCUGAUCUAAACGAUUUGAUUUUUUAAUAUUAUUAUUUUCUUCAUCAUCUGCUCCCUCUGUCCGGAACAUACUUGGACCGUCCGGGGUUAGGAUAUUCUUCUUCUUUUUUUCAGUUUUUUUUUUACCGGUUUGGGCAGUAAUAUGUCCAGGCGAAAACAGACCAACCCCUUCAAAGUUAACUGGCCGUUCCACACUUCAACCAUCACAGGACUCCAGCACACUAUUAACAUGGAUGGCAGAGACGAAUUCACAGAGGACAGUGAAUGCUGCAGCAACAACUCCCAGGAAGUCCAAGGGCAGGAUAGCUUCUCAGACAGCGAUAGUGACCCUGAAAACCACGGCGAAGACUCGUCCUCCAACACCUCUGCUGACGACCACAUGACCACCAAGAGAACGCAGUGCCUCCUACAAGGAGCAGGAGUCAAAGAGGAGAGCGAGGAAGGGGGAGAGCACAGCAACAACUUUGUUUGUCCUCUCUGCACGCUGGAUUUCAGCAGCCCAGAGAAGCUCAUCUCCCAUGUCUACCAGCACACGACUAUGAUGAGCAACACCAAGAGCUAUGUGUGCCCAGUGUGUGGGCGAGCCCUGAGUUCGCCCGGCUCACUUGGACGGCAUCUUCUCAUCCACUCCGAGGACCGCCUCUCCAACUGCGCUGUCUGUGGUGCACGCUUCACAGACACCAACAACUUUAACAGGGAGAAGCUUAAAGAAGUCCUCGACACAACUAGGAUGGAUUUGACUGGGGGAAGGGACGCCUGUUCCAUGUCCCAGUCCCUCUCGAGCAGCCCCAUGAGCAGCCCGGGUCCCUGCACUGACUCGUGCCAUGGACCGGGCCCCAGUCCCAGUUCGUGUCAGGGUCCUUGCCCAUGCCAAGCAGCUAACCCCAAUCCCAACCUAUGUCAAGCCCAACGUUCCUGCCAGGAACAGGGCCACAUCUCAAGCCAGUGUCAAGGCCCUAGACCAUGUCAUGGCCCUGGGCCAGGAUCAGGACCGUGCACGGACCAGGGACCCGCAUUUCCCUCACUGCCCGAUAGUCUCCUCUCUGAAGGGCCAUCCCUCGCCUCAAUCCCUGAUGCACUCAACUCCUCCUCUUCAGGCCUUCCUCCUAUCCCUGACAUCCUGAGCCCUAUGCCAGUGUAUCCUGCCGGAGUGCUGCUGGUGUGCAACAGCUGCGUGGCUUAUCAGCAGCUAGUGGCGUCCCAGUCACCGAUGCGAAAAUGGGCUCUGCGUCGGAAGAACGAGCCGUUGGAGGCCCGACUGCAGCGUCUGGAGCGUGAGCGCACGGCAAAGAAGAACAAGCGGGCGUGUGAGACGGAAGAGGAGAGGGAGCUGAGGCGGCUGCGGGACCGCGAGGCCAAGCGCAUGCAGAGGAUGCAGGAAACGGAGGAGCAGCGGGCACGCAGGCUGCAGAGGGACAGGGAGGCCAUGCGAUUAAAGAGGGCCAACGAGACACCAGAGAAGAGGCAGGCCAGGCUGAUCCGCGAGAGGGAGGCAAAGAGGAUCAAGCGACGGCUGGAGAAGAUUGACCCUGCUCUGAGGACACAGAUAGAGCACGAUCCUGCCGCCAUGGCUGCACUCACAGCAGACAUGAGUCUCUUCCAGUUUCCCUGCCCUAUGCCCGUCCCCUCCAUUGAUAAUGGUCUAUUCAUGAAGCUGCCCUAAUGGGUCCAGGCCAGUCGGGUGAGGGCAGAAACCAGUUGGCUUCUCGCAGCAUCAUUAACCUCUGCACUGCGCCAUCAGGCUGCCUUGGUCACAGAGAACCAUUCCUAGCUGGUUUCCUCCCAGCUCGAUGUGCGUCGAACAGCUUCGCACACAAGCUGCUUUGUUAAAUACAACAAAAACUUCUUCAACGUCUUUUUUUUAAACAGCCUAGAAAACCUUGGGAACAGGGAUGAGAAUGUUUCUUAUUGUAUGGAUGAUGAUGACAUAAGAGCAUGUUGUAAAGAGAUUUUAUCUGUUGCGUCAGUGGACUAGCAGAUUUAACACAGUUCAUACUCAUAGGAGCAGUUACACUUCCUUUGAGGGGACAAAAAAAAGAAUCAUUUGCACAUGGACCUUCAAUGACAGGAGAAGGGACUUUGUAGCCACAGUCCCCUCUCCUUUCUGGUCCACUCCGCCAGCCCAGUGACUCUGAUUUCCAGGUAGCUACACCUCUCUCUUCAAGCUGCUACCGUGGGUCCCUGGGAAGUUCGUGUUCAGUCAAACUACUACCUCAGCUGGCGCCGUGGUCGCGCCCUCUGUCCUGUGGCUUACUGCGUUCCAACUCCAAGCUUCCAAAGCUCUAUAUGUACUGUACACUACUACCGAGGAUGCAGGUCAUUUUUGUUUUUUCUUUAAAUUGUUAUGUUUGUAUUUAUCAUUCAGGCACUUUAAUAGGACACACACAUUCACAAGUGAUUUUAAAAACAAGCAGCGUUAUGGAUUCUGACAUAAAGUUUGAAUGAAUGUCCUAUUGAACGUGUCCAAUGUUGAGCUACAUUCCUCUCAUCUCAUGCAGUCCACCUUUUUACAUUCUCUUUGCCAAGAUGCGACUCUCGCGUCUUUACACUCCGAACAUUUUUGCCAGUGUCAUUUAUAUUUUGACUUUCUGUUACAGAGGUUUUCUCUGGUUCUUAAAAAAAAAAAAAAAAGUAAAUUCAUUAAGUCUGUGCUGCUGUUAUUGUACUGUAAAAUACAUUAGUUACCUCUUAUAUGUUUGGGGUCAUUGCAUUGAGGAAUAUUCUAUUAAAAUGUUCCUGUAAGUGGUUGCAAAGAAACAGUACACAACACGUUACCCGUUGACCUCAGAAUUUGUCGCAUUACUUGAAUUCUGCCCUAAAAGAUGCAUUUGUUUUCCUCAUGAGCGCGUUCCGACACGGAGGUGAGUUUUUACCGUCAUACGGGGAAUCGUACAUAGAUAAUGCAACCUCUGCUUUGUGCAAUUUGUGUAGCAUCCACACGCUUUGUAAGGCUGCAGUACCUUCAAGAUGUGUAAACAGUACCACUUAAAUUAUGUUUUAUAUCUGCAAGUCACUUUUAUGGAGUCACAUGACAAGUGGAAAUUGUUCUAAACACUUUUUUUUUGUUUGUUUCCUUCAUCUGUUACUGAGCACUGGGGCUAACUUCACGGCACAUACAGCCCAUACCAGGAGAUUCAUUAACCUCAUUCCAGCACAUAUUUAUGCAAUAUGAUGUGAAUAUAUAUAUAUAUCUCUAUUUUUUUUUUCUUGUGAAAGUGUUUUGGGGUGUUUUGUUGGUAUACAAAAUGUUAAAAUUAGAGGCCAUGGUUGGAUAACCCUUGUUUAAUUUCCUGCCUGUUACCUCCACUUCUUCUUGUCUUUGCUUAUCCAGAUGCAGACAUUUUACAGUGUCAAAUGAGCAGUUUCAGAAGUACUCUUUAAAGAAGAACGAGCAGCGGUUCUGUUUGAGUCACUCCUAGACGAGCCGCAACCCACCUGGCUGUUAGUUCCAGCAGGUUCAAUGAAGAGAAAACAAAAAAGGAAGACAAAAAAUUAAAGGGAGUUUUGGUUUUAUCCUCAGAGGCUUUUUCUAGGAGUGCAUCAAACCUCUAUGCAACAGAUGUUAUUUAUUAAAGGAAAUUAAUUCACUUUUCACUGAAACUAUGCAGAAUGCGACCUCAAUUUUAAACGGACUUCAAAGCAAACAGUUCAGCUACUCAGGCAGUUUAACUCAGAGGGCUCAGAGCCUGGAUACGGCACCCCAGUCCAUAAGAAUCAUUUUUAGACCUGUCAUGCAAACAGAACAGUUUUAGGCAGUUUUGGGACUUUUAGUAGAGACACUUUUGUCUUUUUUUGAGAGAUGUUUUCUCUUCCUAGUUCAGCACAAAAAGCAACAGGGUCUCACUGCCAUCCUUCUCAUUAUACACUCUACCAAGGGCAGAUCAGUGUUGUCAACAAAGGCUUCAGGUGUCGUCUCUUUCUCUCAGAAUAUGAAUACUGGGUAUUCUCAGAGGUUGCUCUUUUAAAUUGCUGUGACCCUGUUUGUCCUACAGCGCGGUGAUGGCGCAGAAAACUUCACUUACUAGUUGAAAGGAAGUUCUGUGGACUCUGACGCGGCGCUGUUCUUUGGCAGCAGCGCUCUCUCAGUGUGGAUUAGGUAAAAACACUGCAUGUCGUGAAACUGCACUUGUCAUAGAAUGGUUCAAAAUGAGCUUGUGUUCUACUGUUUGUUUAUGCCUGCCUGUUUUUUACAGUUUAAUCGAAAAAUGUUUCAAGAUGUUGGCCUUUCUAUAUUCUAUCAGGAUUUUCUCUCAAUGUCCAUGUUUACAAAAGAAGUCUUUCUGAUCAAGGCCAAAUGAAUGAGCUAAACUGCUAAUGACAACAUGCUAGUUGUGAUAUCAAUGCAUUCUGACUGGAUGGCACUUUGGGGGACGCCAUCCUCUGUUACUGGAUUAACAGAUGUACAGACCGUGACCGUGACGAAACCUGGAUAAGAAUGUGGAAAUAAACAUUGAAUUUA